UGAAGUCUCCCAUAGCGCACAGCAGCAAGAUCUAGAAAUACAAUAACAUCAAUUUGCAACGUUAGCAUUUGAACUUGGUAGUAUGGUCAAUUCUUAUGGUUUUUCAAAUACUAUUUGUUGAUAUUAUUGACUUACAGGAAGAGGUGAGAUUAGAAAGGACUAAUUAUGUGUGUAUGGCGGUGACUAAGAGUCACGGUACAGGCUUAAAGAAAAAGAUGUAUUGACCGUAAGAUAACUAAAUUCAAAAUUUCUCACCAUCACCGAGCAUCAACUGGUAAAAUUGGAUUUCUUCAGCAGAUAUGGAGGACGGGUCCGUAAUUGCGGCCUCAUUUUCUGUGUUAAGUGUCACUGGAAUUAAGAAUCUCUCAACAAAAAUGCAAGAUCCGGAGUUCAAAAUUCUACAAUAUACGGCGCCACCAUUUUUAUGCAGGUUGGCUGGCCUUGCAAUGCGCCCGUCACCCAGCUCACGGGUUGUAUCAGAAAAUCAGCGGGAAAUAUUUAUUUACAUAUGGCGACUGCAUGUUUUGAGCAUUUUGAGCUGACAGUUCACAGGGAUUCAUAUGCGGCUACUUGUUUAAGGAAAAAUUAGUGUGCAAUCAUCAGAAAAACCAUGGAAAAUGUUGAUGAAAGUAAUUUACACAACACUGCGAAUAAAUUAACAGACGAUAUUCAAAAUAUGACGAAUUACAAGAAUUUAUACAAUGAAAUUCAAAGACUCGUCGCUUCUACUACGGUCAAAAAAGAGGAUUUCAAAAACACCCUCAUUGAUGCAUUAAAGAGUAAUGGCCUUGAAACAGAACUUCGCAACACCGUAUUUCACUGGGCGAGAACCCAUGGUCCUCUGCAGCCUGAACCAGAGCCUCCAAUUCCAAGCCUUGAAGUAGACCUCAGUUAUUUGAAAAGAGCCCAAAUUCAAUGGGAGCGCAGAAUUCAGAAGUCCCUCAAUUCCAUGUGUAAUGAGUUGAAUGUUCCACUUGCUAGAAUAAGAUUUAAUGCAGAUAGAGAUGAGAUGGCUGACAAGUGGGAUGAACUGAGCACAUAUGAUAUUGAUUUAUCCCAGUACAGGCCUCUAUAUGCGCCGAAAGAUUUUUUAGAAGUUUUAUUCAUGGUUCGUGAUCCGACUUUCAAAAAGCAAACAGGGGAACCAAACUGGGAAUUUGGUCACAUACAAAUUCGUGUAAAAACUCUUGCACAGUUGCGGAUCAUGUACCCAGAGUUAUCCCAAGGUAUCCCAUUGCUGGGAGUUAACCCAAAUAUGCCUGCUGUAGGGAAUUACCCCAACCUGGAAGCUGAGAGAACGGCAUUAGGUGAAAGAGUACUGGCAUCCAAUCAUGCUCCAAUCGCCCAGGAAUUUCUUAAACGAGGAUCACCAAGAGCUCUUCGAGGACGACUGUGGUCUCUUGUUCUAGGCUCUAUAGUAAAAGAGAAUGAUGAGGAAUACUACGAGGAACUGAAGUCUUUGGUUUUGCAGUAUGACAUCAUGGUGGAUAAAUUGAUAAUCAAGGAUGUUCAAUUAACGGCUAGUAAUGACGACCAGUACUUCGUAUUCGAGGACGUUUUGUAUAAAACAAUGCUAUGCUUCUCAAGAGACUCUGAAGUUCUGGCACCAGUUACCACAGACCGAAGCGCAGGCGGCCAGGUUAUCCAUGCAGUGCUCCAGGGUAAAUCAGCAACCCUUGAAAAUACUUUGGUGUUUCCUCCAAGCGGUGUUAUACCUUUCCAUGGGUUUACUAUGUAUGCAACUCCAUUUUGCUAUCUUUACGACAAUCCAUGUGCUAUGUAUUACACCUUCAGAGCAUUUUACCUUCGCUACUGGUUCAGGCUUCACACAGUAUCUAGUCACGAGCAGGGAAUAGUUGCCCUAUGCCUGCUCUUUGAGAGAUUACUUCAGUGCCAUGAACCCCAAUUGUGGGCGUAUUUUAGGAACAUUCACAUUCAGCCCAUUAAAGUAGUUUUCAAGUGGUUAAUGAGGGGUUUUAGUGGACAUUUACCACCUGAACAGCUCCUUUAUCUGUGGGAUUUGAUCCUAGGGUAUGAUUCUUUGGAGAUUGUCGCUCUUCUUGCUGUUACUAUACUGAGUUUCAGGAGAGAAAAUCUGAUGCAAGUCAAUACACUCCACAAUAUUGAGGCCGUUUUAGCUGAUCUAUCAUCCUUAAAAGUGAUGCCUCUGCUGCAGCUAGUUCUUUUGAAAGAAUAAAAAAUAUGAACGGUUAGAAUCUAGUACGCAUUCAUCAAAAAUAUUUCAAAUAAUUCCAUCGCGCAAUCCGAGAUCAUGAUUCCUAUCCUGAUGAAUAAAAGUUUCAAUAUUAAA